GAUGUUGUCCCUGAGGAUCAAUUUGAUGUUGAGCUGAUAGUACAAUGUAUAAGGUCCUCUGAAAGUCCACAAACUCACAAUCAAGCUCUGUUGUUACUUGCAACAGCAGCAAAGUUCUUUCCAGUAAGUAUAUUAUUUUUUCUGUGUUGAUUCUUAUACAAUAUACUGUUACUGUUGCAGCAAGACUUUCUCAACAGUAGCUCAAAAAUUAUUGCAGAUGAAUUUAAUGGUCUUUAUGUCAGUAAUGAAUGGCAUUGAAAGGGUUGUGUGUUUGUCUCUGGUUUGCCUGUAUGCAUUCAAAGGAACACUACCUAGGGAUGAUGUGGCAAUUUUCAGAACCCAGCAAAAAAGCUAUCCACCAGAUAAAUCUUUCUCCAGCAGAAACAAAAUUGGUCCCUUAACAGGUAUCCACUGAACACUCAUUCAUCCAAUGGAUAGUGCUUAUAUACCCAACAUUUGAGUUCAGGAUGGCAAUCUAGACUUCUCACCUUCCCUCCAUUUAAUGUUCAGUGUACAAGGAUUGUUGUUUUAUUGUUGUAUUGUUCAUAGUAAUUGCAAACCCAGUUAAGUUACACUGAUGGUAAUUUAGUAGAAUUUAAAUUGUAACAUUUCUUACAGGAAAAGGUGUUGCAUAAUGUGAUGCCAAUCUUCACAUUCAUGGGUGCUAGUGUUGUACGUAAGGAUGAUAGCUACAGCUUUGAAGUCAUCACUAAAACACUGGAUACAGUUAUUCCAGCUUUGAUCCAAGUAUGUGACUAUUGUAGUGCUUUAGUGCUUACAGCCUUGGUGGAUAAUACCCUCCUCGAUCUCCCUAAUUCUUCAGAUGAUACGAAAGCCAAAUUCAAUAAUAUUAUUGUUUUAUUAUUCAUUCAAAAUAAAUUCCCAGUUUAAUAAGUUAAAACAUGCUUACCUCCAUCAAGUUCAUCUUUGAUAAUGCAUGUUUAUUGGCAAGUUUUUAGGAGAUAAAGGGAUUUUUCAGUGCUGCAAAUAUCCUCCAAAUAGCAGAUGUUUUCUGUCAAGUUGUAUCCUUGCUAUUUUUUUAGUCAAUAGUUUGCCUGUUUCUUCCUGGUGAAACAAGUGAAAUGUUUUGCCAUUUUGUCCUCACUACCAAAACAACUCAACCUCGUCCCCAGGUCUUCUCAGUUAACUGUUCAAUAAUCUGGUAAUUUUGCUGCACACUUGAUGUCAUUUUUCACAUAUCGCAAAAUUCUUCCAAAUUUGAUCGACAACAACUGGCUAUGAUGAAUUAUAUGGGGAUUUUAGCCAAUCAGAAACGAAGAAAUAUUUUGAAUGAAUAUCAAUUCUUACUAUUGCUUAUGCUAUUCGUAUUGUAAUAAUAUUGUACUCAGACUGUUUUGAGUCCAGUGAGUGAUGAAAAAUGUUUUCCCCGUGUUUGAAGGAAGGUAAAUUCCUUGUGAGAAGAAAAAAAACGUGUUGAGUUACUUUCUGACACUGGAUUGAUCAACUUCUUGUACAAGCUACCAGUAAAUGAUUCUGUGAUUGAACAAGUAACAAGCAGACCUAUUGCAUGUCUGAUUUGACUUCUUGGCUGACUGAUAAAUCUGAUUGACCAGCUAGAGCAGCUACUUGCUGUAUUGCCUGAAUAACAGACAUACUGACUGAUGUGACUGAGUGACUUUCUGACUUGCAGAUGACUGCCUGACUUGUUGACAUAACUGACUUUCAUACACUCACCUGCUACAUAUGUACCAAACUGCCUUACUUACCUGGCUUACUGGCUGACUAACAUACUGACUGCUCUGUUAACUAAAAGACAUACUAAUGGACAGACAGACAGACUGAUUGAGUGCUGUCAGACUAAUUUACGGAUAGACUGACACACAGACAGCACAGUGACUGGCCUACAGGUAGAUGUUUUAAGUGUGAGAUGGACCAGUGGACUAGUGAGAGUGAUCUAAGCUCAAAAUGUUCUUGAUCUAAUGCUGUGCAUUGUGUAAGUUUCAUGUGAUAGAAGGUCAAAACAUGCAUGAUCAGAUUUCAAAGUGAUGAAAGGUCCAAACACGCAUGAUGAGAUCGUGUUCUGUGGAUUUGAUUUUCUCUAAGUGGAAGUCCAAAUGAGUGCUGGCCACAUACAUGUACGUGCCAAGCAUGGUUGAUGGCAACCUAGAGAUUAGGAUUGCAGGCUCCUAUGGUUUCUUGCAAUUCAGUUUUCACAUGAAAAAUAAAUACAUUGACCUAUCCCUCCUUACAGGCUGGUGAAAAGCAUCAACUACCUCAGCUCACAAAGAAGGGUGGCAUAUCAUUGGAUGAUAUCGUAGCCAUGCUGAUAAGAGUAUUUGUUGAUGCAUCACCUCACAUCCCUGAACACCGUCAGCUUCCACUCUUUACACAUCUGAUCAGUACUCUUGGUUCCCUUCAAUUUCUUCAUACUGCUGUCCUUCUGUUGCUUGAGAGACAUGUUAUUCAUGGUGCAAGCAAUCCUGAUGGAGACAAACAGGUUUGCAUUGAAGUCAACCACAGGAUCAUCUAGGAUUAACAAUAUAAUGGCCCCUAUGCCUGAUUACAUCAGAUGGGCAAAUUUCAUCACCAAGCCUUGUUUGUAAGCAAAAUACUCUCUGGGUGUGGGUAUUUUUUCUUACUCUAUUGCCUUGGGAAUUCAUUUAUGCAAAACUUUGCAACUGUACAAUUUUAAAACAAGGCUUGGUGGUAAAAUUUGCUUUACUGAUGUAAACAUGCAUCAGGGGUAUUAAUGCUUUCACCCAAUAUUAUAACCUGUUUUCACCCUGUUAUAGAUAGCCUGUCUUAUGCAGUCAAAUCCUCUAAAAAGACUCAUUUCUCAGGUGUACAAUCGUUAUAGUAGAGACAUAAGAGACGAGAGCCUGUCUCAUUUGAUGAGAGGUUCUCUUAGUUGCAUAUUACUUCCUCUAAGGCAUUAUUAGUACUUGUCCCAAAGGUGUUUUUCAUUGAUUAAUGACACUUUUUAAUGCUUUGUUUAAUCCCAUUACAGGCUGGCAUUAAGAAUCCUCUUGGAGUGGAGUUUUGUCUGAGCCUCUGCCACAAUUUUGAUUCCCACGUC